UAAAGGGGGAGCGGGAGAUCGAGAACCCUGCCCAGUCUCUGGAUCCAGAAGCCCUCCCGGCAGCUUCCUGACCUAAGUGCUUUUGCCCACCCAGAGCAACUGAUUCCGAGGCCUCGCUCCAGCAAUGGCCUUCGCAAAUCUGCGCAAAGUGCUCAUCAGUGACAGCCUGGACCCCUGCUGCCGGAAGAUCCUGCAAGAUGGAGGGCUGCAGGUAGUGGAGAAGCAGAACUUGAGCAAGGAGGAGCUGAUAGCGGAGUUGCAGGACUGCGAAGGCCUUAUCGUUCGGUCAGCCACUAAGGUCACUGUUGAUGUCAUCAACGCAGCCGAGAAGCUCCAGGUGGUGGGCAGGGCUGGCACAGGUGUGGACAAUGUGGAUCUGGAGGCCGCCACUAGGAAGGGCAUCCUAGUCAUGAACACCCCUAACGGAAACAGCCUCAGUGCCGCGGAACUCACCUGUGGGAUGAUCAUGUGCCUGGCCAGGCAGAUUCCCCAGGCAGCGGCUUCCAUGAAAGAUGGCAAAUGGGACCGGAAGAAGUUCAUGGGGACAGAGCUGAACGGAAAGACACUGGGAAUUCUCGGCCUGGGCAGAAUUGGAAGAGAGGUGGCCACCCGAAUGCAGUCCUUUGGGAUGAAGACUGUGGGUUAUGACCCCAUCAUUUCUCCAGAAGUCUCGGCCUCCUUUGGUGUCCAGCAGCUGCCGCUCGAGGAGAUCUGGCCUCUCUGUGAUUUCAUCACUGUCCACACUCCCCUCCUGCCCUCCACCACAGGCUUGCUGAACGACAGCACUUUUGCCCGGUGCAAGAAGGGCGUGCGAGUGGUGAACUGUGCUCGAGGAGGGAUUGUGGAUGAAGGUGCCCUGCUCCGUGCCCUGCAGUCUGGUCAGUGCGCUGGUGCCGCCCUGGAUGUGUUCACAGAGGAGCCACCACGGGACCGGGCCUUGGUGGACCACGAGAAUGUCAUCAGCUGUCCCCACCUGGGUGCCAGCACCAAGGAGGCCCAGAGCCGCUGUGGGGAAGAAAUCGCCAUCCAGUUUGUGGACAUGGUGAAGGGGAAAUCUCUAGCAGGGGUUGUAAACGCCCAGGCCCUUACCAGCGCCUUCUCUCCACACACCAAGCCUUGGAUUGGUCUGGCAGAAGCGCUGGGCACACUCAUGCAUGCCUGGGCUGGCUCCCCUAAAGGGACCAUCCAGGUGGUGACACAAGGAGCAUCUCUGAAGAAUGCUGGGAACUGUCUGAGCCCUGCGGUCAUUGUCGGCCUCCUGAGGGAAGCGUCAAAGCAGGCAGAUGUGAAUUUGGUGAAUGCUAAGCUACUGGUGAAAGAGGCUGGCCUCAAUGUCACCACCUCCCACAGCCCGGGGGCCUCAGGGGAGCAGGGCAGCGGGGAAGGCCUCCUGACUGUGGCCCUGGCAGGUGCCCCCUACCAAGCUGUGGGCUUGGUCCAGGGUACCACCCCAAUGUUGCAGAUGCUCAACGGAGCUGUCUUCAGGCCAGAGGUGCCACUACGCCGGGGCCAGCCCCUGCUCAUGUUCCGAGCUCAGCCCUCCAACCCUGUUAUGCUGCCCACUAUGAUUGGCCUCCUGGCAGAGGCAGGUGUACAGCUACUUUCCUACCAAACCUCCAAGGUGUCAGACGGAGAGACCUGGCACGUUAUGGGCCUCUCGUCCCUGCUGCCCAGCCUGGAUGCGUGGAAGCCACACGUGUCUGAAGCCUUCCAGUUCUGCUUCUGAACCUGGGACUCGGAGGCACCAGGCCCUCGGGCUUUUCUGAGAAACCUGCUCGCUGUUAUCUAUAGGGAGAGGAGAUCCACGUUCCUGGGGCAGAACCCAGGCACCUGCCUUAAAUAACAUCUAGUAAAGCUUUGAACACCA